AUGAGGUUUGGAAAGAAGGGCAAAUUGAGCCCUAGAUAUGUCGGGCCUUUUGAGAUUCUUGAUCGGAUUGGACCAGUGGCUUACAAAGUAGCCCUACCACCAGCACUCUCAGGAGUACAUGACGUAUUUCAUGUAUCUAUGCUGAGGAAGUAUAUACCUGACCCCACCCACGUUAUCGACUAUGAACCUCUUCAACUUCAGGAAAAUUUGACUUAUACAGAAGAGCCGAUGCGGAUUAUAGAGAGAAAAGAACAAAUGUUAUGGAAUCGGACUAUUCCAUUGGUUAAAGUGGUAUGGAAUAAUCAUACUAUUAGUGAAGCCUCUUGGGAAUUGGAAGAGGAAAUGCAAGUCAAGUACCCACAGUUGUUGGCCAGUGAUCUUGAUAACUUGUGA